GCUGUAACUCCGCCCUCCAGUUUAACUUUCGUUUUCCUUUCCUGCUUCCUUACACUUCGCUUUUAUUUACUGCGGAACAUGAAGUCAAUUUGAACUCAUCGGAUCGAUUAUUCAUUGAGCGGCAGAAUGGCUGAAGCGUCGAUUAUUCAGCUCAUUUGUGAUAAUAAUGGAUCGAUGGAUCAAGACGAUCUGGUGUCAGUGUUCAUGUUUAGUGGUGACGUAAUGAAUCUGGUCGAAAGCAGGAAUGAAUCGUUUGCUGUUGUUAAUAUAAACGGACGGAAGAAAGUGAUCGUAAUAACUAAACUUCGUCUGUGUAGAGCGCAGAACUGCAGCGGCUGCGCAAAACUGCACCUAUGCAAACAUUAUCUGUUCGGCUUUUGCCCCUUCAACAGAGGACGGCGAGUAUGUCGGUUCAGUCAUGAUCUGAAUUCGGGUCAGAAUUUAGCUCUUUUGCACUCUCAUGAUCUUCAUAUACUGGACAGAAAGCAGCUUUGUGUUCUUCUGCUACAGAAUGACAACAGCCUCUUACCGCCGGUGUGUUUUAACUAUAAUAACGGCACAGGAGAGUUUGGACGAUGUGAGGAUGGUGAGAAUUGUAGGAGGCUUCACAUCUGUCAGAAAUACCUGCGAGGAGCCUGUGAAUGUCACCGCUCUCAUGAUUUCUAUGAACCAAACCCUCUGAAGAUCCUUCAGGACAGAAAUGUGCCCACCGAGCUCAUGGCCAUCAUGAAGGAUCUUUACACAAAUAUUGAAGCCCUGAGGCAACUUUCCAAAACCAAACAGCCUUCAGGAACGAACACUGGUGGUCAGAGGACUUGGGAAGGCCCCAAAACACAGUUUCGUAGACCCUCAAAUCCACAAAAUGUUAAUAAAGGACAAAAGAGUCAGACAGAGAAAACUGAGAUCUGCAUGUAUUACAUCAAAGGACAUUGCAUACAUGGAGACUUGUGUAGAAAAGAACAUUCCAGUGUUCCAUAUCAAUGGCAAGUGACUGACGGAUGUGAGUGGAAAACUCUUCCUGACAAUGAGGCUGUGGAGAGGGAUUACUGUAAUCCAUCAAAAUCAAACAGCUCUGGAGUCCAGGUGGUUAAUUUUGACACAAUGACUCGAGGUCCUCAGCCCGUUCGGCGUCUGUCAACAGUGCCGUCUGUCGUUCAGCCCACCUUCAUUCUGACCACAGAGUGGAUCUGGCACUGGGAGAAUGAGUUUGGAAACUGGAUCCAGUAUGGAACAGCGGACGGGGGUCAGAGGUCCUCGUCCAUCAGCAGCGAUGAGAUCGAACAGAAAUAUCAGGCCGACAGCAGUGGAGUGAUGGAGUUUUCAGCCGGAUCACAAACAUAUGAACUGAACUUCACAGAUAUGAUCCAGACGAACAGACAUUAUGGAACAAAGAAGCUUGUCAGACGUCGUCCCAAAUUUGUUUCAGCAGCCGAUGUGCACACCAUCAAGACAACUAAACGUGCACCGAACAACUUCAAGAGUCUUCCAGAACACUGGGAUAAAUCUCUGACUCCUGACACGGGAUAUAAGAAAGUGUCGCUGUCAAGCUCAUCGAGUGAAUACAACAGAAUUCAGCAACUCUUCAACACCACCAUGAGAGGAUUCAACAUUCAUCGCAUCGAGAGGAUUCAGAACAAAGCAUUGUGGGAAGUGUUUCAGUGGCAGAAGGAUCAAAUGAAGAAGAACAAUGGAGGCAGAAAUGUGGAGGAGAAGCAGCUGUUUCACGGCACAGACACCAAACAUUUAGAAGCCAUCUGUCUGAAUAACUUUGACUGGAGGAUCUGUGGAACACACGGCACGGCUUAUGGCAAAGGCAGUUAUUUUGCCAGGGAUGCUCAGUACUCUCACAGCUACACCAAAGAUUCAGGAACCAUGUUUGUUUGUCGGGUUCUGGUGGGCGACUACACCAAAGGAGAAUCCGGCUACCUCCGGCCCCCCUCUAAAGAUGGAGGAGAUACGCUGUUCUACCACAGCUGUGUGAAUGACGUCUACAAUCCCACCAUAUUUGUUGUGUUUGAAAAGCAUCAGAUCUACCCCGAGUAUCUGAUCGAGUACAGCGAGUCCAGUCUGCCAACCCUAGCAGCAGUUACGAGACCAGCGACAGUGAGAAGCAGAGUCCCUGUGUCUGCAUACAGCAAUAUUCAUCAGCCCAGUGUCAGGACAAUUACUGCUCCAGCAUAUAGCACACCCGCAUAUACCACAACUUCAUAUGCCACUCCGGCAUAUACCACGCCCAGACCUGCCACGACCACAUACACCCCUCCCUCAUAUACCCCAUCCUCAAACACAUCCUCCAAGUCUUCAUCCUCCAAGUCAGAUUGCAUUAUCUCUUGAAUCAACAUGAUGUCUGGGCCCAGUUGCAUAAGUUUGCCACUGAGUUAAGACAGCAAUUAGUUACUUUUCUUAUUUCAAUUAGCCCAAUCUACCUUUUUAAAUGAGAUGACUAGCUUCCAAGACUAGUCUAAGCAGUUUAUGGUAACACUUCAGCUGGUAAUAUUGGGAAAUGAUUUUCUCAAUCAAAGAAUGAAGUGUUGUUUUCAUGAUUGAGGGGUUUGGGGAGCAGCUCACAAAAACCUUAAUGACAGUUAAGUUCUGAAAUGUUUUAUAAAUAUUAAAUGAAUGUCUUAUGAAAUCAAUUCAUGAAGAAUGAUGUUAGAGAUUUCUCAGGUUCAUAGAAAUGCACACACUUAUUUGUGAUUUUUACUGAGAUGAUUGAGAUAAUCUGAACAUUUCACACAUACAAUAAAGUUUUCCUGUAGACAAUUUGAAA